AUGUACGGACAGCCCUAUGUACCAUUUACUGCACUAGACGCUGGAUCGGACGACGUGGCUCGGCUGCUUGCUGCAGCGCCUCAAGACGAAGCCCGGGAGGACGACUAUUCUUUCCUCAACGAUCCUCUACCAGAGCCCACCCCUACUCCCUUGCGCAGUCUCGUCGUGGACAUUGCGGUCCCGGAUGAACACCCUGACGCUCCUCGCCAUACAGACCAUCUCAACAAGCUCUGGCGACGGAAGUGGGAGUACUCGCAUGACGGACAUGUCAAAUACAGGUGUGAUGAGAAGGAAUACUUUUCGCGCACGCAGGCUGGCAAACGAGCAUUCGACAUGUACUUCUGGCUCCAGGAAGCUCAGUGCAUACUCCGUACAUUGCAGGAUUCGGCCGACGAGCACUCUGAGGUGCCCUUCUUCCCUCUCUUCUCUGUGCACGAGGACCUUCCUCGUCCCUCUGUCUUGGCGGCGCUGAAUAAACUCGCGGGGGAAGAUAUCCCAGGGAUCGAAUACUACGACCUCGUAUCUGGCACCUGGAAGGGGUGCAGUCUCCGCCACCGGUUCAUGGUGAAGUCGAACGGCUUCCUAUUCUUGCGCCGUGCAGGUGUCACCACCUGCAAGGACUUCGAUGAUAUCCUCGACGAAAGACUGAACACCUUGCCGGGGAACGCCAAUACGAACCUGCCUCGGCAGCGGGAGCUUCGUCGCCAAGAUGCAAAGCAGGCAAAGCGCACCGUCUCGCCAGCGUGGCCAUCCUCAUUGUCAUCAUCAUCCAGUGGAUCGAUGUUCUCUGUUCCUGACAACGCGCCCGGCAAACGGCGCAAACUGGACACUCUUUCACCAUCCAGCCAGAUUUCUUCGAGCUCCAGCCAGCUUUCUUCGAGCUCUGACUCAGGUUCGCUCACAUCAACGCCCUCGCUCCCUCGGUCGCCCUCGCCGGUGUGCAUCCAUAAACUCCUCGCCGAUAUUGCUGUGCAGAAUGGCUAUUCCAAGCGGACGGACUUUGGCACUGUAUCCCCGACGCUUGUGCUUUCUGAUGACGACACCCCUGCCUUGUCUAUGCAGGCGGUCGAGCGCGCUAUGCCCAGACGGCUCCCGGAGCCUCAGAGCAUGAUUUCUGGAGGAGGGCGCUCGACUAAGCCGUGGCCCAACGGCUGGCCCGCCGUCGACAUUAUUGACGGUUUCGAGCAGAUGAAGGAUCUUUGA